GUACAGAAGGGGUGAAAUCUAUCGACCGACAAGGUGAAGAGGGGGCUGCGCUUGUUGCUAGAGGGUUCGUGUGCUGGAGAAGAGAGUGCAGGAGGGUCAUGGCGCAUGCGGCGUUGAAGAUGGUUAAGGUUCCUCCCAACUCGGCCAGCAUGGAGGAAGCGCGCAAGCGUACGAUCAACUUCUUCAAGACUGCCUGCCGAUCCCUCCCCACCAUCAUGGAGAUCUACAAUCUUGACGACCUCGUAACCACCUCCCAGAUUCGUUCCACCAUCUCCGCGGAGAUACGCAAGAACGCUCACAUCACAAACCACAAGGUUAUUGAUUUGCUUCUUCUCAAGGCAACAGAAGAACUUAGCAACGUAGUUUCCCAUUACAAGCAGCGGCACCAUCUGAUCGGGCAAUAUGUUGUUGGACGUGGAGGGCUCAUACAAGAAACAGAGGAGAAAGACAAAGGCAUAUCUGAUUUUUUGAAGCAGUUCUACACCACGAACUAUUUCUGAAGCAUUUGAAGACUGAAGAAUCAAUUUCCCCAUAAUUUUCUUGGUGAUAAACCUCGUAAGCUUCCUGGAUUAAGCAAGGAAACAAUUUCGAAUUCAGCACAUUUAAAUCUUCGCAUCUCUCAAGUUUCUAUUUUAUGAAUAAAAAAAUCAUGAUAAUUGCAUUAACGUGUUGAGUAUUGAAUUUUGUUUGCCAAGUAAAUCCCCAUGGAUCAACUGUUUUACUCAUCAAGUGACUGUGUCUUUGCAAAUGGAAAAUGCCAUUUAGUUGGUUCUGCAAUUCAACAUUCCAUA